AUGGCCACUUCGGCCAUCGAUGAUGGGAUAGGAUCACCCCUUCCUCUAAAUGACGGAGGGGGGAGAGGUAACGCAACGCUGGAGUUUGAUGUCAAUGUCUUUAAGACAUACUUGGAGUCUCUUCUCUUUCCAGUGAUGUCCGCUACAAAACAAGAAAUCGAAGACAGCCUUUUUGAAGAUCCGAGCUUCGACGAGAAGACUGUGAGGUUCGCUACUGACCCUGGAUGUCAGGUGGUAUAUAUCACUAAAGAGAGAUAUCUGGAUGUGGACGAGGAUGAUGCACCAAUCGCAAGAAUUACAUAUCGACUACAUCUUCCACCUACUCCACCUCAUUCACCAAAUUGCAUCUCCACACUUGCUUUGAUCAAAAUCUCACCCACCUUAGAUUCCUUGAAUCCGUUAGGAACGCAAUUACAUUUCCUCCAACUAUCAUCCUCAUCUGUUGCCGUACCUGCAUUAGUUUCCGAUGAAAUACCCUCAGGAGCGUCUACAGCGGUCACAACUCCUACUAAUCAAGUCACUCCAUACGAUGGAUUGCAUAGUCUGGUACAUUGGGGUGUAGCACCAUGGUUUGAUUCUUACGUAUCGUCUAAAACGAAUCUGGCGGGAAAUCAGUCUAACAAGAAAAAUCAAGCAGGUGAAGCUUCGAUGGGUAUUCCAGUAACCAAGAAGAAGUUCGCAGAGUUGGAGUUGAGUUUGUUGCAUCUGAAACAGAAUGUGGAGAUCCCAGAAGCUAGAUUGGGUGUUCAUCCUGCCAUCAGGAAAGCUGUUGCUCAGUGUCACGCAAACGGUACAAGAGUAUCAGUAGAUGCUGUUGAGCCUUCCUCGCUGCUUUCCGAUCCAGCCUUUCUCAACAAGCUACAAGCAGAUGUCAAUUCAUGGAUCAAAGAGAUUCAAUCGGUCACCAAACUCUCAAGAGAUGUCUCAUCAGGAACAGCAUCUCAAGAAAUCAAUUUUUGGUUAUCUAUGGAGAAUGCUCUAGAGAACAUUGAAGCACAGCUCAAGGGUGAAGAAGUCGGAUUAGCGAUGGAUGUACUGAAACAUGCCAAAAGAUUCCAUGCGACUGUCAGUUUCUUGGCUGAUACUGGUCUGAAAGAAGCCACAGAUAUCGUACAUAAGCACAAUAUUCUCAUGAAGGAUUUCCCCCUUGACGAGCUCUUAGCGGCUACAGAUCUUGAUAAAAUACAAGAAGCUAUCUAUCUUAUCUUUGGGCAUAUCAACAAGAAGCUGAAACUCUCCCCGUACCCCAUACGACGAACCCUUCCUCUUGUUGAGGCUAUAUCUUCGGAUUUCAACGACCAGCUCCUCAAGGUACUCGGUAGUCAACGGCUCAUGUACAUGGACUAUGCCAAAUUUGAGGAAGUCAUGGCUAUGACAGCCGACGUUUUUGCCACUUGGGAUGAGAAUAUGAAAGACUUCACCAAUGUCGCUAGAGAAGUUUCCCGUAAACGAGCCGAAAAGUUCAUUUCGAUCAAGAUCAAUCCUGCUCAUGCUAAACUUCAAGAGCGAGUCGCCUAUCUCCGAGGGUUCAGACGCUCUCAUGAACAAUUGCGAGUCAUGACUUCCUCAACAAGAACAUUCAGCGGUCUUGGCAACGAUGCUCCUUUCGAUAUCGACAUGGAGGAAGAGGUCAGAUUGAGUUACGAAAGCGUCAAGAACGUCGACGUUCUCGAUGUAUCCUCUGAAGGAUCAGAAAUUUGGUACACUGCCGAAACUGCCUACAACGACAGAGUAGCCAGGAUUGAGAACCAAAUCAUCUCAAGAUUGAGAGAUAAAUUAGCCACCGCUCGGAAUGCACAAGAGAUGUUCAGAGUAUUCUCUAAAUUCAACACUCUUUUCGUCAGACCUAAGAUCAGAGGUGCUAUCCAAGAAUACCAAACACGUCUUAUUGAAUCUGUCAAAGAAGAUAUCCGAAGAUUACGACAAAAAUUUACCGAGAAUUAUCGAAACUCCCAAGCAUACCAUAUGUCGCAAAUGAGAGAUUUCCCUUCGGUAUCAAGCGCAAUCAUCUGGGCUCGACAGAUUGAAAGGCAGCUUCUCACAUACAUGAGAAGGGUAGAAGAUGUCCUAGGAAAAGGAUGGGAAAGUUACGCCGAAGGACAUAAGCUUCAAGUUGAAAGUGCUUCUUUUCGAGCCAAGCUGGACACUAGACCUCUGUACGAUGCGUGGAUCGGAGAUAUCACUAAGAGAGGUAAUCUUACUGUCACUGGUCGACUAUUCGAUGUGAUCAGAACUCGAGCUACCGCCACCAACGCUCAAGGUCAGCUCCAAUUGGUUGUUCAGUUCGAUCCUCAAGUUAUUGCUCUCUUCAAGGAAGUCAGGGCGCUCAUCUGGCUCGGAUUCCCUGUUCCCUUGACAAUCAGUCAUAAAGCCAAAGAUGCGAAACGAGUGUACCCUCAUGCUGUCAGUUUGAUGGAGUCUGUUAGGACCUACACUCAAACCCUCGAUUUGAUCGACAGAAACGAGGACGUCGCUAUAUUGCUAGCUAGCUAUCGAUCACAUGCCCAACAGAUGAUUGAGCGAGGCAUCAAGAUGCAAUGGGACCACUUGGUCAACGCAUACGAAGGGCAGCGAUAUCUUCCUGGUGGAGCUGCGGACGGAAGAGAGAAUCGACAUUUCCUCUUCGUGCGAGAAUUUGCUUCGGUUAUUUCAUUACUUCAGGACAAGACCAAUGCUCUUAUCGAGAUAUCUACAGACAUCACCCGCAAUGUCGACGAACUCUCUACUUGUGACUUCACUGCCGAGGCUUUCUCCAACCUUCUCAGCCAGAUCCAAAAAACGAUUGAUCACUUAAAUCUCGAGAAUUAUAGUAACCUUGAUGCUUGGGUGGUCAUCCUCAAUGAACGAAUCGAUAAAUUGUUAAGGGAAAGACUUGUCCAAGCCAUCGAUUCCUGGUGCGAAGAGUUCAAAAGAACAGACGAGUUCAGUCUUCUUAACGGAGAUAAUCAACAAUUGGGUAUCAAAGGCGGUAAAUCCGAAGUACAUAUCGAACCGCUUGUACAUGAAAUCCGCAUCAGAAAUCAAGUCAUCUACCUCGACCCUCCUAUUGAAAUAGCUAGACAGGAAUGGUUAGGUCAACUCCAAGAUGCUCUAGGUGUGGUCUGCAAUCUCAAUCGUAUCCGCAGUUCUCGAUACGAGAUUAGCCUUCAGGUCGAUGAGGCUGGUGUAGAGGAAACGUCCUAUGUGGGUUUGCUCGCCUCUUUCGAUGAUGGCACCAUUGAAAAGCCUCUAGCUCUGAUCGAGGAUAAGGUGCAAACCGUCAAUGCCUAUGUGGGCAAAUGGCUUCAAUUCCAAUCUCUUUGGGAUCUAGAAGCGGAAUCGGUCUAUAGCAGACUCGGCGACAAUUUAGCUGAAUGGGGCCAACUCAUCUCCGAUAUUCGACAAGCGAGAACUACCUUCGACACCACGGACACCAAGAAAGAAUUUGGUGUAUGCGUAAUUGAUUAUGCCAAUGCCCAGAGUAAAGUCAAUGCGAAGUACGAUUCGUGGCAACGAGAAUUGCUCACUAGAUACGGUACCAAGCUUGGCUCAUCGAUCAAAGAAACCUAUUCAUCCAUCUUGAAAGCUCGUACCGAUUUAGAAACUCUUGCGAUUGAGGGCUCAUCAACUGCUCAAGCUGUCGCAUUUAUCACUUUCGUACAAGAUCUCAAGAGAAAAGUCGUCAAAUGGGGACCUGAAAUCGAGGAGUUCAAUUCUGGUCAAAAGACCUUAGAAAGACAAAGGUAUUCCUUCCCCAACGAUUGGCUCUAUGUCGACCAGAUGCAAGGUGAAUGGAGUGCUUUCACUGAGAUUUUGAAGAGAAAAGAUGAUUCCAUCAAGGAGCAAGUCGCUGGACUUCAACUCAAGAUCGUUGCCGAAGAUAAGGUCAUUGAUGGAAGGAUUGGAGAUUUCGUCACAGAAUGGGAAGCGAACAAACCUCUUCAAGGUAGUAUCAAAGCUGAAACAGCUAUCAAUACCCUGAAUGUAUUCGAAGGUAGACUCACAAGAUUGACCGAAGAAUACGAUCUAGUUUGUCGAGCUAAAGAAGCUCUCGAUCUCGAACAUACCAAAGACGAUAGACUACAACCUGUAACCGAGGAAGUGAGAGAUUUGAAAGCUGUUUGGACAGCUCUCUCAGGCAUUUGGGGAAGAUUAGCCCAGCUUAGAGAAACUCUUUGGUCCGCCGUUCAACCUCGUAAACUUCGUCAAGAACUCGAUGCGAUCUUAUCUUCGACAAGAGAUAUGCCUAGUAGAAUGCGACAAUAUGCUGCAUUCGAAUAUGUGCAAGAAACGCUUAGAGGUCUGUUGAAGUCGAAUAUCCUAAUCGGUGAAUUGAAAUCUGAAGCUUUAAGGGAAAGGCAUUGGUCAAAAUUGUAUAAAGCCUUGAGAAUGCCUUCUACCCAAGCUACAACGAUGACUCUUGGUCAAGUCUACGAUCUCGAUCUCAAGAGGAACGAGACCCUAAUUAAGGAAGUUGUCGUUCAAGCUCAAGGAGAAAUGGCUUUAGAAGAAUUCCUCAAACAAGUUAGGGAAACUUGGACAUCGUACUCGCUCGACUUGAUCAACUACCAGAACAAAUGUGGAUUGAUUAGAGGUUGGGACGACCUUUUCAACAAAUGUGGAGAACACCUCAACUCGCUCACAGCAAUGCGUAUGUCACCUUACUACAGAGUAUUCGAAGAAGAUGCAGCUUCAUGGGAAGAGAAGCUUAACCGGAUCCACGUACUUUUCGAUGUCUGGAUUGAUGUUCAGCGACAGUGGGUUUAUCUGGAAGGUAUCUUUUCAGGAAGUGCAGACAUCAAGCAUCUCCUUCCUGUGGAAAGCGCCCGUUUCCAAAAUAUCAAUUCUGAGUUCUUGACAGUGAUGAAGAAGGUCAACAAAUCGCCUUUCGUUGUAGACGUAUUAAACAUCCCCGCCAUCCAAAAGAAUUUGGAACGUUUAGCCGAUCUACUUACUAAAAUUCAAAAGGCCUUGGGAGAAUACCUAGAAAAAGAGCGAUCGUCUUUCCCUCGAUUCUACUUUGUUGGUGAUGAGGACUUACUGGAAAUUAUCGGUAACAGCAAAGAUACCAGACGUAUCAUGAAGCAUUUAAAGAAGAUGUUUGCUGGUAUCUCCACUCUACAAUUAGAUGAAGAGGAGACGCAACUUCUCGGAUUUGCAUCAAGAGAAGGUGAAGAAGUCUUGUUCCGUGAUCCUAUCGUUCUCAAAGAAUACCCCAAAAUCAAUGAUUGGCUCGCCAAGGUCGAAUCAGAGAUGCGACUUUCUCUUGCUCGUCUCCUCUCUCAGGCUGUCUCCGAACUGCAAGCUUUGUUCAAAGUCGACUCGGACCUCUCUCUGGCGGAUCUUUUAGCUUGGAUUGAUUCCUACCCUGCUCAGUUGGUAGUACUCGCCGUUCAAAUCGCUUGGACCAACUUAGUUGAAGCCUCGAUCUCUGCUGCUGGAUUGACGAGCGUCCUCGCUCUUGUAUCGAAAACCCUCGACUUGCUGGCUGAUACUGUUCUGCAAGAUAUCGCCGUAUUACAGAGAAGAAAAUGCGAGCAUCUUAUCACCGAACUCGUGCAUCAGCGGGAUGUGAUCAGAUCGCUGAUCACUGCGGGAGUCAGAAACAACACAAGCUUCGAUUGGCUAUAUCACAUGCGAUUCUAUCUCAACGAGAAUAUCGAGGACCCUCUUUUUCGACUGGAGAUCCAUAUGGCUGAUGCCGUCUUCCCAUAUGGCUACGAAUAUCUAGGUAUCCCUGAUCGACUUGUCCAAACUCCUCUUACGGACAGAUGUUACCUUACACUUACUCAAGCUUUGGACAAUCAGCUUGGUGGAUCUCCCUUUGGUCCCGCCGGUACUGGUAAGACCGAAUCCGUCAAAUCUCUCGGUGUACAACUCGGCAGAUUUGUCCUUGUGUUCUGUUGUGACGAGACAUUCGAUUUCCAAGCUAUGGGUAGAAUCUUCAUUGGUCUGUGUCAGGUCGGUGCUUGGGGAUGUUUCGACGAGUUCAAUCGACUUGAGGAAAGGAUUCUCUCAGCUGUCUCUCAACAAGUACAAAGCAUCCAACAAGGUCUCGCUCAAGCUGCCAACAACCCCAAUGCGGAAGUUGAACUGGUUGGCAAGAAGCUCAAGAUCAACACUCGAACUGGUAUAUUUAUCACUAUGAAUCCUGGUUAUGCUGGUAGAUCGAACUUGCCCGAUAACUUGAAAAAACUUUUUAGAAGUAUGUCGAUGACACGACCAGAUCAAGAACUCAUCGCGCAGGUAUUAUUAUUCUCAAAAGGUUUCAGAACAGCGGAAAACCUAGCUUCAAAAGUCGUACCAUUCUUUAACCUGUGUGCGGAACAGCUUUCUGCUCAACCUCACUAUGAUUUCGGUCUUCGUGCUCUCAAAUCUGUUUUAGCCAGUGCUGGUAUACUGAAAAGGGAUAGACACCUGAUAGGCAAAGGUAAUGAAGAACAAACGGACCAAAUUGCCGAACAGCAGAUUAUGAUACAGAGUGUAACGGAAACUAUCGUACCGAAGUUGGUGGCUGAGGAUGUUCCUCUGUUGAAAGCCUUGCUUGAAGAUGUCUUCCCUGAUGUAGAUUAUGUCCCUGUGGAUCUCGAUGCAUUGAAGGCCAAAGUUUCGGAAAUAUGCAAAGAGCGUCAACUAGUUGCUGGACCCGCUUGGAUGGAGAAGGUCGUUCAAUUAUACCAAAUCCAGAACAUCUCUCACGGCCUCAUGAUGGUUGGACCUUCUGGUUCAGGUAAAACGCAAGCUUGGCAAGUCCUUCUCAGCGCUCUGGAGAGACUUGAUGGUAUCGAAGGAACACCGUAUGUCAUCGAUCCUAAAGCGAUUGACAAAGAAGCUCUGUACGGUACACUUGAUCCUACUACCAGAGAAUGGAAUGACGGUCUGUUCACCCAUAUCCUCAGGAAAAUAGUAGAUAACGUUAGAGGUGAAACUACCAAGAGACAUUGGAUUAUCUUUGAUGGUGACGUUGAUCCCGAAUGGGUAGAAAAUCUGAAUAGUGUGUUGGAUGACAACAAACUGCUUACUUUGCCAAAUGGUGAACGUCUCAAUUUACCACCCAAUGUUCGAGUAAUGUUCGAAGUUGAACACCUUCGAUAUGCCACUCUUGCCACUGUCAGUCGGUGUGGUAUGAUCUGGUUUAGCGAUGAGAUAAUCGACACUGCAAUGGUCUGCCAACAUCAUCUAGAUAUCUUAGCUUCGACGCCCAUCGGUUCCGAAGAUGACGAAACCCCCGAUUAUACCGCUAUCGGUGAUAUCAACACUGCAUCCAAUGCUCAAGUUGAAUCUCAAAAGCAGAUUGUCAGUAUACUAGAACCGCACUUUGGCCCGAAUGGACUGGUCAAUUCAGCUUUGGACUUCGCCGAGAAGUGCCAACAUAUUAUGGAUUUCACUCCUAUCCGAGCUCUCAACACUCUGUUCUCUCUUCUGAAAGCUACUGUCCGGAAUGUGCUCGAGUACAAUGCCAGACAUGCCGACUUCCCUCUUGCUGCUGAAAAGGUUGAAGCCUAUGUCACUCGGAGAUUGUUGCUCAACAUCGUCUGGUCUUUUGUUGGAGAUGCCAAACUUGAUAUCCGGGCGGAAUUAGGAGAACAUUUACGUCGAGAAUCCGGUAUCGAAACGCCUACUUUGGGUCUUGGUGCUUCUUUGAUCGACUACGAUGUCGAUGUGGCUUCUUCUUCUUGGGUUGCUUGGCAGUCAAGAGUACCGACUGUCGAAGUUGAGACUCAUGCUAUCACCUUAGCCGACGUUGUCAUCCCUACUGUCGAUACUGUACGACACGAGGAAGUUCUUUACAGUUGGCUUGCCGAACACAAACCACUUAUUCUCUGUGGUCCUCCUGGUUCCGGUAAGACCAUGACUCUGUUCAGUGCUCUGCGAAAACUUCCAGAUCUCGAAGUGGUUGGAUUGAACUUCUCCAGUGCUACCACCCCCGAACUCAUCCUCAAGACUUUUGGGCAAUACUGCGAGUAUCGAAAGACACCCAAUGGUGUUGUUCUUGCGCCUCAACAAAUCGGUCGAUGGCUGGUAGUUUUCUGCGAUGAGAUCAAUCUGCCUGCGACCGAUAAGUACGGUACUCAACGGGUUAUCUCCUUCCUCAGACAGCUGAUGGAAUGCAAUGGUUUCUGGAGAACAUCGGAUUUAGCUUGGGUCAAGAUGGAAAGAAUCCAAUUUGUCGGAGCAUGUAAUCCUCCCACGGAUCCUGGUCGAGUACCCCUCAGUCACCGAUUUAUGCGACAUGCACCUGUCGUCAUGGUCGAUUACCCAGGUGAAAUAUCUCUCAAAACGAUUUACGGUACCUUCAACCGAGCUUUGCUUAAAGUCAUUCCGACUCUCCGUGGUCAUUCGGAUGCUCUUACAGAUGCUAUGGUCGACUUCUAUCUGGCUUCUCAAAAACGUUUCACAGCAGACAUUCAGGCCCAUUACAUCUAUUCUCCUAGAGAGCUUACAAGGUGGUCAAGAGGUAUCUACGAAGCUAUCAAACCCCUGGAAACCCUUUCUGUGGAAGGUUUGGUCAGAGUCUGGGCUCAUGAAGCAUUACGUCUAUUCCAAGAUAGAUUAGUAGCAGAAGAUGAGAAGGCCUGGACGGAUGAUAAGAUAGAAUCGACCGCUUCUCAACAUUUCCCUACGAUCGAUCAGAAAGAGGCUCUCGCCCGACCCAUCUUGUUUGCCAACUGGACUUCGAGGAAUUACAUCCCCGUCAACCGAGAGCAACUUCGAGAAUAUACCAAAGCUAGAUUGCGGGUGUUUCAUGAAGAAGAGCUGGACGUCCAACUUGUACUGUUCAACGAUGUUCUUGAUCAUGUACUUAGGAUCGACAGAGUGUUCCGACAAAUCCAAGGUCAUUUAUUGCUUAUUGGUGUCAGUGGUGGCGGAAAGACUACCUUAUCUCGAUUUGUCGCUUGGAUGAACGGUCUCAGCAUUUACCAAAUCAAAGUAUCCAACAAAUACACAGGUGCCGAUUUCGAUGAAGAUCUACGAACAGUGCUUCGAAGAGCGGGAUGUAAAGGCGAAAAGAUCUGUUUCAUCAUGGACGAAUCGAACGUUUUAGAUUCCGGUUUCUUGGAAAGGAUGAACACUUUACUUGCUAAUGCUGAAGUUCCCGGUCUAUUCGAAGGUGACGAACAUGCUGCUCUGAUGACAGCUUGUAAAGAAGGAUCUCAGCGGGAUGGUCUAAUGCUCGACUCUCAUGAAGAGCUAUACAGAUGGUUCACUCAACAAGUAGCGAGAAACUUGCACGUUGUCUUCACCAUGAACCCCCCGGCGAACGGUCUGGCUUCAAGAGCUGCAACGUCUCCUGCGUUGUUCAAUAGAUGUGUACUUGACUGGUUUGGUGAUUGGUCCGACCAAGCCCUAUAUCAAGUCGGUCUCGAAUUUACCCAGACUCUGGAUCUCGAUAUGUCGACUUACACGCCCGCUGCGCCAUUCCCCAACGCUUAUCGAGAUUUACCGAUGCCUCCUUCUCAUAGACAAGCGAUCAUUAAUGCUAUGGUCUACGUUCAUCAAUCAAUGCAGAGUGUCACUAGUAAAUUGUCCAAAAGACAAGGGAAAUAUAACCAUAUCACACCGAGACAUUUCCUGGAUUUCAUCAACCACUAUGUUCGCUUAUUCAACGAAAAGCGAGAAGAGCUCGAAGAACAACAAAGACAUCUGAAUGUCGGUCUCGACAAGCUUCGAGAUACCGUCAACCAAGUCGAAGAGCUCCGACAUAGUCUCGCUGCUAAGAGCUCGCAAUUGGAGGCCAAGAAUGCUGAAGCGAAUCAGAAGCUCAGACAGAUGGUGACAGACCAACAAGAAGCUGAAGCAAAGAAAGCUGCUUCUAUAGAAAUCCAAGCUGCGUUGGUCCAACAAGAUGAAUACAUCCAGCAACGUCAGGAAAUCGUCAAAGAGGAUCUCGCGCAAGCUGAACCUGCUGUGCUGGAAGCUUUAGCCGCAGUUGGUAAUAUCAAGAAACAACACUUGUCAGAAGUUCGAUCAAUGGCUAAUCCACCCGAAGCUGUCAAACUUGCCAUGGAAUCUGCCUGUUCCGUCCUUGGCCACCAGAUUGAUAGUUGGCGAACUGUUCAAGCUAUCAUCAGAAGGGACGACUUCAUUUCGAGCAUCCAGAAUUUCGAUACUAAGAAGAUGACCAAGACUGUCCGAGAUCGAAUGAUGAGAGAUUACAUCAACAAACCGGCUUUCAACUUUGAAACAGUCAACAGAGCAAGUAGAGCUUGUGGUCCUCUCGUACAAUGGGUUAUAGCUCAAGUGCGAUUCUCCGAAAUCCUUGAUAAAGUCGCUCCUCUCCGACAAGAAGUCGCUUCGUUGGAACAACAAGCUGAUAAUACCAAAAAGCAAGCUCAAGUUGUCACGGAUACUGUAGCAGAGUUAGAAGCCUCUAUCGCCCGAUACAAGGAAGAAUAUGCGUUGCUCAUCAGUGAAACUCAGUCGAUCAAGAGUGAAAUGGAUAGAGUACAAAGCAAAGUUGACCGAAGUAUGACCUUGCUCAAGAGUCUUUCAUCAGAACAAGAACGAUGGGAUGCUGGAAGCAAGACAUUCGAGACUGAGAUGGGAACUAUCGUAGGAGAUGUGUUAAUUUCAGCUGCUUUCCUCGCCUACGGUGGUUUCUUCGACCAACGUUACCGGGAGUUGAUGAGAAGGGAAUGGAUGGAUCACCUUGCAGAAGCUGGUAUACACUUCAAGAACGAUCUCGCACUGUCCGAAUUUUUGUCUACUGCAGACGAGAGACUCAUCUGGCAAGCCAACGCUCUUCCCGCCGAUAACCUCUGCGUUGAAAAUGCCGUGAUGCUCAAGAGAUACAACCGAUACCCACUCAUCGUUGAUCCGACUGGUCAAGCUGCUGCAUUUCUUCAAAACGAAUACAAAGAUAGGAAAAUCACCGUUACCAGUUUCCUGGAUGAGGCGUUCCUCAAGAAUCUCGAGAGUGCUUUACGUUUCGGUAAUCCAUUACUCAUUCAAGAUGUCGAAAACCUUGAUCCUAUCCUCAACUCUGUGCUCAAUCGAGAACUGCGUCGUACCGGUGGUCGAGUCCUCAUCCGAAUCGGUAAUCAAGAUAUUGAUUUCUCUCCUGCAUUCACCAUGUUCCUGUCCACUCGAGAUCCUUCGGUGGAGUUCUCCCCGGAUAUUUGUAGUAGAGUUACUUUCGUCAACUUUACCAUGACUCGAAGCAGUCUACAGACCCAAGCUUUAGACAAGGUAUUGAAGGUAGAAAGACCUGAAAUUGAUCAAAAGAGGACAGAUCUAAUGAAGCUUCAGGGUGAAUUCAGACUUCGGUUAAGACAUCUCGAAAGAUCUCUCUUGCAAGCUCUGAAUGAGUCCUCUGGAAGUAUCUUGGACGAUGACAAGGUUAUUGAGACUUUGGAAGUACUCAAGCGAGAAGCAGCAGAAGUCACGAGGAAGGUCGAAGAAACCGAAGUGGUCAUGCGAGAAGUCGAAGCUGUUACGGGCGAAUAUCUCCCACUUGCUCAAGCUUGUAGUGGUAUCUAUUUUACCCUCGAACAGCUUGCGACAAUCAAUCAUUUCUACCAGUUCUCCCUCGAUUAUUUCUUGGAGAUCUUCGAUUAUAUCCUCUUGCAAAAUCCCAACCUGAAGGGUAUCAACGACCUUCAGUCUCGAAAAGCUAUCUUACUUCGGGACCUAUUCCUGGUGACUUUCCAACGGACUUCAAGAUCACUGUUGCAUACCGAUUAUUUGGUCUUGGCUGUAUCUUUAGCUAAACUGAGGUUGAGAAGUGAUACAGAUGAAGCCGUCUUAGAUGAACUCGAUGCUGUAUUAGAGAUACCAAGUGGGGGAUCUCAAGCUGAACUCAGAUUGACUUCGGAACAAAGAAGAAGCUUGGAUAGCUCAGUAGGACCGGAAAUGGCUAAAGUACUGGAGCAGGACUUUGAAGCGAAUGCGGAGAAAUGGAAGGAGUUCUCUAUUUCAGCUACCCCUGAGAAAUCAGUACCAUGGCCUUGGACUGAAGCUGAUGCCCUUUCUGCUUUUGCUGAUCUCUCUUUCGGCUCCGACCUCGCCAAUCAAGCUGCAUAUGAUUUACAGGCAGUCGUCAUCAAUGAAGUUGAUCCAACACACCCAGUGGCUCUUGCUUCCGUUCCCGGAUACGAUGCAAGUUACCGAAUUGACAAUCUCUGUCGAACAGCCGGUACUGCCUGUGCAUCAGUGGCGAUGGGUUCAGCAGAAGGAUUCACCCUUGCUGAUCAAGCGAUUGCCAAUGCUGCUCGAAUUGGAUCAUGGGUACUGCUUAAGAACGUUCACCUCGCUCCCGGAUGGUUAGCUCAACUCGAGAAACGAUUACACAGCUUAUCACCCAACCGAAACUUCCGGCUAUUCUUAACUAUGGAGAUUAAUCCUGUCAUUCCGGUCAACAUUCUUAGACAAUCCCGAAUCAUUAUGAACGAACCUCCUCCAGGAGUCCGAGCGAAUCUUCUAGAUAGUCUCAAGGGUAUUCCCAAAGCCCGAAUCACGACUGGUCCAGCUGAGAAAUCAAGGUUGUUUUUCUUAUUGGCCUGGUUCCAUGCCGUGGUACAAGAACGACUUCGAUACCUCCCAAUCGGUUGGAGUAAAGGAUAUGAAUUCAACGACUCCGAUUUCGAUGCAGCGCUCAAUACCAUCGAUACUUGGCUUACUGAUCUUGCAAAGGGCAAAGCGAAUGUAGACCCUGCUCAAAUCCCUUGGGUGGCCUUGUGCACGCUUAUCAAACAAGCUGUAUACGGUGGACGAGUCGAUUCCGAUUACGACCAAAGAGUGGUAGAUGCUUUCGUAGAUAGAAUUUUCACCGCUCGAGCGUAUGAUCCGGACUUCAAGCUUGUCGAACAUGUCGAUGGUGGAUUGAAUGUCCCUGAAGGUACACAGAUGAGUCAAUUCGUACAAUGGGCUCAGGCUUUACCGGAAAGAGAACCUCCUGCUUGGUUGAGUUUACCUGGUACGGCUGAAGGACUGGUUGCUGCUGCGGAAGGUGACGCGAUGAUGGUGAAGUUGAGAAAGAUGAGGACCACAGAUGACGAAGAAGACGAGACUGGACCUGCGGCUACUUCAGUUGGACGACCUGCUUGGAUGACGGCUCUGAAGGGACAUGCAGAAGAUUGGUUAACGAUCUUACCUAAGACCCUUACCACACCUCCCAAUAAUCACUCUCCCUUAUCCCGAUUCUUCGCACGUGAAGCAUCGACAGGCUCUAAACUGCUCCAGCGAAUCCGACGUGAUCUCUCCGAACUCAUUCAAGUAUGCAAUGGUGAUCUGAAACAAACCAAUGAAUUGCGUGCUUUGAUAUCGGAUCUCAACAGAGGAACAGUCCCAUCACAUUGGAAGAAGUUCAAAAUGCCUAAAGGUACCGCUGUAGCUCAGCAUAUUUCGAAUUUUGCCGAAAGACUUAGACAGUUGGAAGGCAUAGCGAACGGACAAGGUGGUCAGGGAGAUAAGGGUAUCUGGCUUGGUGGUUUAUUCCAACCUGAAGCGUAUAUCACGGCUACUAGACAAGCAGUCGCCCACGAUAAAGGAUGGUCGUUGGAACAGUUGGUAUUGAGUGUGGGGAUUGAGAGGACAGGCGGACAAAGUUCGUUCGCUAUUCAAGGAUUACACCUCCAAGGAGCAUCAUGGAAAUCUGACCAUCUUACUCUCAACGACGGUCGAUCGGUCUCACUUGGUCCAUCGCAAAUCGUCUGGUUAAGACGCGAUGAACGUCCUUCGAAGGGAGUUAACAUCGUAAACUUACCUGUGUACUUGAAUGGAGAUAGGAACGAUGUUUUGUUCAGCGUUGAUUUGGAGACUGAAAGUGAGGGCCAGGCGAUAGUAGCUCAAAGAGGUGUUUGUUUAACUGCUGCUUGA